AUGCGAUGCAUUGUAUGUUCUCUACAGGUCAAUACCCGAAACGGUCUUAAAAGUUUGAACACAGGUCUCACCACAGCCCUGAAUUUCGGGGCAUCGGUACCCGAGGCGGUGAUGAUUUUGACCGUGGGCCACGAGAUUGGUCACAAUUUUGGGUCCGAACACGAUCCGGAAGGAGCUUGUUCGCCCGGAGGCUUAGAGGGUGACUACAUUAUGGAUGCUCAUGCGGGUGACGGAGGCUUGCCCAACAAUGACAAGUUCUCACCGUGUAGUCUAGAGUCUAUGGUGGCGGUGAUGGACGCUAAGGCCGAGUGCUUUGUACCGUAUCCAGAG